UCAUCCGCGCAACCGAACGUCAACAUCAGGCGCCGCAUUCGCGUACAUGUGUUUACAGGCGAUUCAAAUUUUGUGAUCGAAAUUGGGAAAUUUCAUAGAAAAACGUGAAUAUUUGCAGUCAAAUUGCCAUAUUUUGUAGUGCUACUGUGAGGCAGCUAAACCAAGAUGCCGAAAUCCAAAAGAGAUCAGAAAGUUUCGUUGACCAAAACCGAUCGGAAGGGCCUUUCGAACAAACAGCAGAUCAUCGAGGACAUCCAGGAGUGCCGCCAAAAGUACGACAAUGUGUUUCUGUUUUCAGUGCAGAAUAUGCGCAACGCUAAACUGAAGGAUGUCCGAACGGCUUGGAAGAAUUCGCGCUUCUUUUUCGGCAAGAAUCGGGUUAUGCAGUUGGGAUUGAAAUUCGUCAGCGACGAUGCAGAUGAAGAUCCGAAGCUAGAACAGGAUUUGGAGAAACUGAGGGAGCAGAUGAUCGGUCAGUGCGGGCUGCUGUUUACAUCCGAGAGCAAGGAAACGGUGCUGGAUUGGUUCGAUUCCUAUUCGGCUGAUGAGUUUGCACGAAGUGGAUUCCGGGCAACGAAAACGAUACGCCUGAAGGAAGGUCCUCUGGAAGAGUUCUCCCACGCCAUUGAGCCACAUCUCCGUUCGUUGGGAAUGCCCACAAAGCUCGAACGAGGAAUCGUCACCCUGUACAAAGAGUUCACAGUUUGCGAGAAAGGAAAGGUUCUGACCCCAGAACAGGCCCGGAUCCUGAAGCUUCUGGGAAAACCGAUGGCCAAGUUCAAGGUCAUCAUCAAUUGCUGUUACACCAAGGAGAACGGGUUUGAAGAAAUUAAGAAGCGAGAUAUUAAGGUCACGAAAAAGACGAAGAAGGUGUUGAAUAAGAAACCUAAGAAAGCUAAAACGGAAGAGGCCAUGAGCGAGGAUGAGGACGAGGAAGAUGACGAGGACAUGAGUGACGAAGAAGACGAGGACGAAGAGAUGGACAUGGAUGACGAUGAUGAUGAUGACGACGACGACGAGGAUGAUGCUAAGGCGUAGUAUUGUAAGGUUAGUGUUACUUGUUAUAAUAAGAUAAAUGUAUCUUCAAUCCUAU